AUGCCGGGAGUACUGAAGAUUCAUGACUCGGGUAGCCAGUCGCCGCUGCAAAGCUAUGCCGUUAGCGAAACAAGCAGUGCAAACGGAAAUGCGGCGAAAGAUCCCAUAGCCAUUUGCGGCAUGGCAUGCCGGCUCCCUGGUGGCAUCGAAAACCCCGAACAACUGUGGACUUUCCUGACCAACAAACAAGAUGGUCGAUCUCGAGUACCAGAAAGCCGAUAUAACACGGAUGGUUUCUCCUCGACACGAAGCAAGCCGGGAGCAACGAGGACGGAUUAUGGAUAUUUCAUUGACGACAAUCUACGGGGCUUUGAUGCCUCGCGUUUUCACAUGUCUGUGAAGGAGCUGGAGCGUUGUGACCCACAACAACGCUUGCUCCUUCAAGUCUCUCAAGAGUGUAUCGAUGAUGCUGGCGAGAUGGGCACUUCGGGAAGGCGCAUAGGUGUGUAUGUCGGUGACAUGCAACGCGGGUGGUCCGACGUCUACGAGAAGGAAACACAGAACUAUGGCACGUACCACUUGCUGGGUCUUGACGACUUUGCUCUAGCCAACCGUGUGUCAUACGAGAUGAACCUCAAAGGACCUAGUGUCACUGUUCGUACGGCCUGUGCAUCUUCACUUUCAGCUUUGAGUGGCGCAUGCAGAGCUAUUGCCACUGGAGAGUGUGACGGUGCCAUCGUGGGUGGUGUCAGCAUCAUCAUGGGCCCUACCACGUCAAUUCAAGUUGGCGAGCAAGGCGCUCUAUCCCCAGAUGGCUCGUGCAAAUCUUUCUCUGCAAAUGCAAAUGGAUAUGCAAGAGCAGAAGGCGUGAGCACUAUUUAUAUUAAACCUCUGAGUGCAGCCCUACGUGACGGCAACCCUGUGCGAGCCAUCAUUCGGGCGGCGGCUACCAGCCACAAUGGACGCGCAGGCGGUAUCACCGCUUCCAACACUGCGGCCCAGCAGGAACUGAUCAAGCAUGCAUAUAGCAUGGCUGGAAUAGAUGAUAUACGGGAGACGGCAUUCGUCGAAUGCCAUGGCACAGGUACACCUGUUGGUGACCCUGCUGAAGCUGAGGCCGUUGGGUCCCUCUUUGGUGGUGAUGACGGCAUCUACAUUGGCUCAGUCAAAGCAAAUCUGGGACACUCUGAAGGCGCAUCAGGAUUGACUUCAAUCAUCAAAGCAGUACUAUCACUUGAGCACAACUCAAUUCCACCAAACAUCAAGUUUGAUGUUCCGAACCCGGCGAUUCCGUUUGCCAAAUACAACAUUACGGUCCCGACAGACACUAUGCCUUGGCCUGAGGAUCGUAAGAAGAGAGUCAGUAUCAACAACUUUGGCAUCGGUGGAGCAAACUCGCACGUCAUCCUCGAUUCGGCAGAGCUGUUUGAAGCCGGGCAGCAGUUGGAAGAGGCGAAUGACCACCCACACCUGCUAGUGUACUCUGCAGCGACAUCCGAAUCGCUGUCCUCCAUGGGCAAGAGCUAUGCAGAGUACCUGAACAAGCACCCUGAGCGCAUCCAAGAUGUUGCCUAUACACUUGUUCAUAAAAGGCAGAGUCUGAAACACCGUGGGUUUCUCGUUGCUAGCCGUGACAGCCCGGGAAGCCCGUCCAUACCCACUCCGUCGUCGUCCGGCGGCUCUGAAAUGAACAUCGUCAUGGUGUUCACCGGCCAGGGCGCACAAUGGCCCCAAAUGGGCCGUGACUUGCUAAAGUCAAACGAGAACUUCCGAAACAGCAUCCAGAGAAUGGACUUGGAGCUGAAAAGAAUUGGCGGUGCAGAUUUGAACUGGACUAUAGAGGGCGAACUCAAGAAGACGGCAAAGCGCAGCCGUGUCAACCUUGCGGAAUUCUCACAGCCGCUAUGCACUGCAGUACAAGUGUCUCUCGUUGAAUGCUUCAAGGCCAUCGGGGUCACUCCCAGCGCCGUUGUCGGCCACUCGUCCGGUGAGAUUGCUGGUGCCUAUGCCGCUGGCGCCUUGACUCUAGAAGAAGCAAUUACUGCCGCCUAUCAUCGCGGUGCUGUUGCUGAGAAACAAAACAGAGAAGGUGCCAUGGCAGCCAUCGGUCUCUCUUGGAACGACGUGAAGCCGUUCCUCAUCCCCACUGUUGGAGUAGCCUGCGACAACUCUCCAAAUAGCGUGACGAUUUCUGGCGAUGCAGACAAGGUAGCUGAAGUCGUGCAAGCGAUAUCUUUAGCGAUGCCGGAUGUGUUGGCUCGUUUGCUUAAGGUUGACAAGGCUUACCACUCCUACCACAUGGCUGAAGUCGGUCCUGUUUACUUUGAUCUUGUCGGUGAAGGACUUGGCAGCCGCGAACCCCGUGUACCGUUCUUCUCGUCAGUGGAAGGCAGACUUUUGAACAAGACGGAAUUUCUUGGAGCCAAGUACUGGCAAAAGAAUCUUGAGAGCCCUGUUUUGUUCAACGCCGCGGUAUCUGCAGUUGCUGAGACCCCGAUUGGCCAGAAUGCUAUAUUCCUUGAGAUUGGCCCUCAUUCUGCUCUUUCUGGGCCGGUGCGACAGAUUCUUGCCAAGCAUAAAGCAGUAUCGCAAAGUCCAUAUGUAGCGGCCAUGCUUCGUGGACAGCCAUGCACAGAGUCGCUGCUUUCAGCAUUUGGAAAGCUCUACACUCUUGGAGCUUCUCUUGACUUGAAGCGCUUGUAUCCGACCGGAGUGACUCUGCGAAACUUGCCGACAUAUCCUUGGAAUAACUCGAGGGCUUACUGGCACGAGACGCGGGUUAUGCGGGAGUGGCGAGAACGCCGCUUCAAGCACCACGACGUCCUUGGCCUUCGAACCUUAGAAUCGACAGACUUUGACCCCGUCUGGCGUAAUUUGUUUCAUCUGGACAAUGCUCCAUGGGUACGGGACCAUGUGAUUAAUGGAGAUGUCGUUUUUCCUUUUGCGGCGUACAUUGCCAUGGCGGGCGAGGCAAUCCGUCAGAUUACCGGCACCGGCCACGGGUUUCAGCUCCGGGACGCGACUGCAACGACGGCACUCGUUGUUCCAGAUGACAAACCCGUUGAGCUGAUUACGACUUUUCAUCGCGUCGACUCUACCAGUGCUUGGUGGCAGUUUUCCAUUGCUUCCCACAACGGGGGCACCUGGGUACGACAUUUUCACGGGGCAGCCGCUACUCUCGACGAACCUCUUGGGCAGGCAACGGUGACUGAUGAUCUGCCGCGAAGCGUAGACUCUGUGGAGUGGUACGAGAUGAUUAGCCGCACUGAAUUCGAGUUUGGUCCCGCUUUCCGAUGUAUACAGGACCUGAAAUCGUCAACCCGAAGCCCAAGUAAGGCUCAAGCUACAAUUCGAAACUCUACCACCGACGAAGAGUCCAAUUACUACAUGCACCCAACCUCCAUGGACAAUGUGUUCCAGCUGAUCCCUGUCGCUUCGCUGCACGGAUUGUCCAGGAAGCUGAGUCUCAACAUCGUCACUUCCAUUGCUUACCUCAGUGUCGCCCCGUGCGCCACCAACUUCAGCGCUGGUGCCGUCAGCCGCACUCUUGAGAAUGGCACACUUGUUGGAGAAUGUGAGGGUUAUUGGAACGGUAGAAAAGUCAUCAGCGUUUCUGGAGCGAGGAUCAAUGUCAUGAACCACCGGGGCGAAUCCGACUCACACGCAGCUGCCCGGCCAGUUUGGGCUCCUCAUUUUGACUUUGAGCGUCUGAGGGAGCUGGCGGACCAGAAGCAUGAUGGAAGUGGUUUUGCUACGGAAGUCAAUGAAAUUACCGACCUAGCCCUUCUAUCCAUCGGUCGCUCUCUUGCUACAUCAUCAACAGCAUUACAAAGCUUGGACGUGUAUCGAGCCUGGGUAAAUCUACAGCUAGGAAGCGGCCUCCAAAGUACGCUCAGCGACGACGAACUAUUCGAAAAACUUGGGAAAAUGGUCGACGAACUUGGCAACUCAUCAGUCUUUCCCCUGGCGGACGCCAUCAAAACAACAGCCACUGCCAUUCGCGAAGUGGCCACGAAACAGGGUGCUGGCACUAAAAGUUUGGAAAGUCUCACUGUGCGCGACCAGAUCUCUCCUCUUAUCGGCCAGUUUGACUUGUCCGCCGUUCUUGCGUCUCUAGCCCACACAAAGCCGAAUCUUCGCAUCUUGGAGAUAAAUGCAGGCUCUGGGUCAUUGACCUCGCAGUGUCUGGACAGUCUCCACGGGCGAUACUCGGCGUACGCUUUUACAGAUGCCAGCAGAAACCUGGUUAAUGAGGGCAAGAUGCGCUUUGAAGGUGUUGCGAAUAUGGAUUUCAAGAUGCUGGACAUUAGCCAAAGCAUUCAAGACUCUGAGUUUGCUGAGGAACAAGACCGAUUCGACCUCAUCAUUGCCAUUGAUGCAGUACAUCGAUCAAACGACCCAGUACGAUCCUUGAAAAACAUUCGCACUCUCCUCCGCCCCAAUGGCCGCCUGAUCCUUCAAGAGCUGGCUGCUACAAAGGACGCGCGCUGGGUAGACCUGGUAAUGGGCACCGCACAGUCUUGGUGGACUGCGACAAGGGACUCUGCAGCACAGUUGCAACGUUUUGAUGAGAAGGGGUGGACUGAUGCCUUGGACAACGCUGGGCUCGAAGUUGACGACGUCAUAGCCGCCGAGAUUGGCAAUCCUUUCCACACGAACAACCUGUUCAUCGCGAAGCCAAAGGUUGCUGUGAAGAGCAUUGCCAAGCAUGAAUUGUGCGUCCUGACUGUUGACCUGAGCCACGAUGUUGCAGAGAUGAGCGCCAGACUGAAGCAAAGAGGCUACAAUGUCGAGCAGAUUACGUUGCAAGAUGAACCGCCUGCAAACAAGGACGUUAUUGCACUCUGUGAUGAAAAGAGUUGCUUCUUCUCAAGCAUGUCUGCAGAGACCUUUCAACUGUUCAACAGAUUCACAUCGAGACUGGAAAGCUCUGGCCUAUUAUGGGUAUCGCCACUUUCCUUCCGCAGAGCAACAACUCCUGAUUACGCUCAAGUGGUUGGGUUUGGACGAUCGAUCCGAGCUGAGCUCGACAUUGACUUUGCAGUCUGUCAGACUGAAACAGAAUUUGCCAAUGACCUGGUUCUUGAUGUCAUGGACUAUUUCACAAUGCGCAAUAAAGACGGCGCUUGGCAGGCCUCUACUGAUGCUACACCAGAGAUGGAAUUUGCAAUCUACAAUGGCAGCGUCCACGUUGGACGGUACUAUCCAUUUUCGCUUGCAGAAGAACACUUGACUGCCGAAGAGGAUGAUAGAGCAGUUCUGAGAGCUGGGCGCCAGGGUCGCCCGGCCGAGCUUGAGUGGCAAAGCUACCCUGCCGUCGAGCCCAGCCGAAACAAGGUAGAGAUUACAGUAUUUGCAUCUGGACUGAAUCAAGUGGAUGUAUCGCUGGCCUUGGGCUCCGCCAAACAACAAGAACAAGCCACGUUCGGUCUCGAGGGCGCUGGUGUCAUUCAUCGGGUUGAAGACGGCGUCACCGAAUUCCAGGUCGGUGAUCGAGUCGCCUUUCUUAGCGAGGAUAGCAUGUCUACAUCUGUCAUUGUCCAUCAGAAAUUGGUGGUCAAGAUACCCGAAAGCACUACCCUCGCAGAAGCUGCUACGAUCCCUUAUACGUACAGCAGCGCAGACUUUGCUCUAGUCGGGCUCGGCGGGCUAGUUGGCGGCCAGUCAGUCCUGAUACACGGGGCGUAUACUCAUCUAGGUCUUGCUGCAUUGCGCAUGGCGCAAGUUUUGGGCGCCGAGAUUUAUGUGACUGCAGAUAAUAGCACAGCCGAGACGCACGGCCUAGCUGAAGAGCGCAUCUUUGAUGCACGCAAGCCGUCAUUCGCCGAUGAUCUGAUCCAGGCAACUAGAGGACGUGGUGUUGACAUGCUACUCAACGCUGCCUCACUUGCCGGCAACACUGGGCGACAGGUGUGUCGUUGCGUGGCGGACUGCGGCAGCGUGAUCGAUAUGUGCUCGGGUUCGUCCAGCGACUUUUAUGACAUCUUGAACAGCAAGGGCGCCUCGUACAGGAUUGCGGACUUGCGUCGUCUUUGCUCCGCAAAACCUGAUGCCGCGGCGACCCAUCUUCGCUCGGCGAUGGGCUUUUACCUGCAUGGCGCCGUCAAAGCGAAGAGUCCCCCCAAAGUUUUUGCCGCCAAAGAUGCCGCCGAGGCAUUUGCGCACAUGCUUGAUCAUCCGUUUGACAGUAAAGCUGUCGUGGAGAUUCGGAAUGAGCUCGAGGUCGCUCGCAGGCCUGCCGCGAGGCCUGAAAUAUCCGUCGUGCAGCGUGAAAGAUACCUCAAACUGGACAGUCACGGUUCAUACUUGUUGGUAGGUGGUUUUGGAGGUUUGGGACGCCAGGUUGCAAUCUGGUUGGCCGAGAACGGCGCCGGCAAUAUCAUGUUUCUGUCUCGGAGCGCCGGUACAGAGUUGAGCCACCAGCAGCUCAUUGCAGAAUUAGUGUCGAUGGGUGCGGGCGUCCAGGCACUCCAAGGUAGUGUCACUUGCAUGCAAGAUGUGCGCCAAGCCAUUCAGCAAGCCGCACUCCCCGUCAAGGGCAUAAUUCAAAUGUCCAUGGUACUGCGCGACACUGCCUGGGGCGCCAUGACGUUUGACGACUGGGUCGCAGCCUCUGAGCCAAAGGUGCGCGGAACGUGGAACUUGCACAAUGCAUCCCUGGAGGCUGGCGCGUCGCUGGACCUGUUUGUCAUGUUUAGCUCCAUUGCAGCCGUGGUGGGCAUGCCAGGCCAGACAAACUACGCUGCCGGAAACACAUUUCUGGACGCGUUUGCCCAGUAUAGAAACGACCUUGGUCUCGCGGCGUCGACCAUCAACGUCGGAGUCGUCGAGGACAUGGGUGUCGUUGCGCGAGACCCUUCCCUGCUGACGGGCUUCAAGAGCAUGGACUUUGUUACGGUGCGCGCCUCGGAUGUCAUUAGCGCCUUGUCGCUCGCCAUCAAGAAGCCGUCUCCCAAGGCCAGCCGUACAUAUGACGGGAGCCGCGCCUUUGUCGACCCGGCCGCCUUUGCCAUUGGUCUGGGGUCGACUACUCCUCUGUCAUCGCCGGACAGCCGCGCCCUCUGGAAAAGGGACGUGCGCAUGGCCAUGUACCGCAACCGCAGGGACGCAGACGGCGGCGGCGGCGGCGGACAGGGGGGCUCCCGCAACGACGGCCUCCGGGCAUUUCUGUCGUCGGCGCGGUCCGACAAGGCAGUGCUGGAGGCACCCGAGGCGGCGACGCUCCUCGCGCAGGAAAUCGGCACAAAGGUGCUGAGCAUGCUCGGUAAGCCGGUGGACAGCCUUCGAACAGAUUUGAGCCUGUCGGAUAUUGGCAUGGACUCGCUUGUGGGCAUCGAGAUGCGCAAGUGGUGGAAGGGGACGUUUGGCUUUGAAAUUAGCCUGCUUGAAAUGUUGGGUAUGGGAACGCUGGAGCUGCUGGGCAAGCACGUCAUUGCCAACCUAAUGAAGCUAUUCCACGAGAGGUAA